CUCUCUCUCUCUCUCUCUCUCUUUCUCUCUCUCUGGUGUUCUCUUUUCUUAUUGCGUUUCGGUUGUUCUCGGGGCGGCGGUGAGGGGGGGAGUUGGGUUGGAGGAAGCGGUUGCUAGGGCAUUGCUAUCUUUCUUUUGUGAUUAGAUAUAUGGAUUCACGGCGCUGCAGGUCCUGAGCUUGAAUAUUUGGAGGUUUUCAGAAUCGGCUGAGCUUAGCCAUGGGGAAAUCUCCUGGAAAAUGGAUCAAAACACUGCUCUUUGGAAAGAAAACGGCCAGAUCUCAGUCAUCUAAAGGAAGAGAUGUUUUGAAAGCUGGAUCUGUAGCUAAAGAAGCGUCUCUAGCUCUGAAUUCUCCUGUGAUUUCUGAACCAGUGCUUAUUAGCACUGAUAGAAGAGGAAUCACUGAAGAAAUUGGCAAAGGCGUGCCUUCAAAUGUAGCUAAUGAUGGGGUAGUUGUAACGGCGCCACAUCAAGACACAGAUAUACCAGGAGUACUGGCACCAUCUGCUGUAAAUGAUCCUGAAAGACUCAAGGAAGAGCAAGCUGCUAUAAAGGCACAAGCAGCGUUUAGGGGAUAUCUGGCACGCAGGGCAUUUCGUGCACUGAAAGGCAUUAUAAGGCUGCAGGCUCUUGUUCGUGGGCAUUUGGUGAGGAGACAGGCUAUUGCCACCUUACGUGCUAUCCAGGCUAUUGUGAAGUUGCAAGCUCAUGUUCGAGGCCGGAAUGCCAGGCAUGCUAAUAUUGGCUUUGAAGUCAAUGCAAAAUAUUGUCAGGCAAAAGAUGUGGUCGCUAAGUCUGAUGGUGCUUGGAAGGAAAAACUAAUGACUAAUGUGUUUGUUUGCAAGCUUCUAUCUCCAACAUCUAGUGCGACGCCUCUGCAAAUACAGUAUAGUCAAGGAGAACCCAAUUCAACCUUAAUAUGGCUGGAGAGAUGGACAUUAUAUGCUAUCUGGAAACCAGUCUCCAGACCCAAAAAAACUCUUGAUUCGAAACCUCAGGCAAAGAAGGGCAAUUAUGCAAUGGAAACUGAAUCAGGCAGACCUAAGCGUGUUUCACGGAAGAGUUCAAAUGCUACUAUUGAAUCUGCGCCAGCCAGUGAUCUGGAGAAACCCAAACGGAACCCAAGGAAGGUUUCUUCCUCUGCUGUUGAUUCAGUGCAAGAGCAUCCUCAGAGUGAGCUGGAAAAGGUGAAGCGUAACUUGAGGAAGGUAUCUAAUCUCGCAGCAGAGGCUUCUGAUCGGCUAGACGAGACUGAGAAACCUGCUCGGAAUGUGAGAAAAGCAUCAACCACUCCUGAAAUUCUAGAGCAAACAGUAGAGGAGUCUUCCCAGAAGCCGAAGAAAGAUAUUUCACCUGUUUCAGAGCCACAACCUGAUAUUGAAAUCACACAGAAACAUGUGACAGAAGAGGCACCAGUUGAUGCGGCCACCGAUAGCUCUCCAGCUGUUGAAGUAAAUCAACAUCAUAGUGAUGAUAAAGAUGUUGACUUUUCUGAAAUGAACAAUGAUAUAAGCGCUCAGGAUGAGCAAACUUGUGGUGAGAACCACAAAGGCAGCAAACGAAGGGCCUCACUCUCAGCCAAGCUGGAGCAUGCAGAGAAUGGUUCACCCAAUGCUCCCACAUUGCCAAGCUAUAUGGCAUCUACUGAAUCUGCAAAAGCUAAAUUACGGGGGCAGAGUUCACCCAGGUUUAGCUCUGAAUCAGUUGAGAAAAAUGGCUUCACUCGCCGUCAUUCUCUUCCAUCUUCAACCAAUGGGAAGUUGAGCUCACACUCACCGCGCACACAAAGACUAGUUCAAGCUGGUGCAAAGGGCUGCAUUAAAAACGACAAAUCUCUAUUGUCAUCUAGGGAUGCACACGAUCGACCCAUACAAGUGGAAUGGCGGCGGUGAGUUAGUGCAGAUGAGAAUUUCUUGUUGUUCCUCAAAGCAGAAUGGCUGCAAAUUACUCUCUGGGAAAAGAUGAGAGAUCGAGAAGCUUGCUUCGACGUCAGGUUCAGAUUUGUGGUUUGCUUGCAUCAUAGAAUCUGUUGUUUAUUUGUGUUGUAAAGUUCCUGUGUGAUUCCGGUGUGUGGUGUGCUUGAUUCCUUUGUUUAUCUUAACAUUACUUUCAUGCUGUGCGUGUAUAGAUGCCAGCACUUUGUAUUUGGUCAGGUUUCCAUUCAAACCAGUUGUUUUGCUCUUGAAUGUUCUCUGUUUUCUUUAGAAAUUGUGUUGAUCGAUGAAACAAACCUGCUAUUUAUUAUGAUUGUGAUGCUAAUAUAAUGCUUUAAGAUUUGUUUU